GAGAUUACUGAGUUAUUGGAGAAGAAUGGUAAAAUUACACUAAAAUUUGUGGGGGUAAAUAUGGAGCGUCACCAUCGUCUGCUUAACAACUGUACCAAGCAAGGUGAUGUGGAAAGAGUGAAAUCAAUCCUGCAAGAUCUGAGUCAGUUUCCACCAACAACUAAAUUUGAGCUCUGCUGUCAGGUCAAUGGGCAUAUCUUAUUAAAGGAUUAUGAAACAGCUCUGUCUCUGGUCUCAUCUGUGAAUGAGGAAAAGAAUCAAUCUUUAAUGAUACCAGAGACUGUCUUAAAGGAGUUUAAUGAUGUACUGGAGAAAGAAGAAAAAAGAGAAGAGUUACAAAGACUACAAGAGAUUACUGAGUUAUUGGAGAAGAAUGGUAAAAUUUCAUUUAAAGUUGUGAUGCAAAAUCUGGAGCUUUACUAUCAUAGGCUCAACAACUCUAUCAAGCAAGUUAGUGAUAAGUCUGAAUUCAUAUUUAUUUAGUCAAACCUCUGAAUCUCUUUUUAAAGACCUGUAUGUAAUACGAUUUACC